CGCCGCCGCACAUACGCACACACAUAACUAGGCUGACGUUUAUAUUAGGGUGAUUACGGGCCCUUGGCGCCGGCGUCUGCCACAGCGCAUGCCUAGUACCUGGGUCACCUGAUGCCUGUCAUGGCCGCCUCCGUGGCCUGGGGAGGCGUGAAUGCUGGGUUCCUGCUGCGGGCGGCCAGGGGUGCCUGGUGGAGUCGGCCCGGGGGCAUCUUGGGGUCUGGGGAGGCGGCAGCACCAGCGAUAGCUAGGAAGUUCCGGGCGACAGGCUCACGCCCGGCGGGGGAGGAAGAAGCCGGCGGCCCGGAGCGGCCUGGGGACGUGGUGAACGUGGUGUUCGUAGACCGAUCAGGCCAGCGGAUUCCGGUACCCAGCCUGGCCCUCAGCCUGCUGCGGAGUCUGGGGAGACGGGACACCCAGGACAUGCCUUUGCAAAACCCACAAGCAGGGGCCUGUGAAGCCUCCUUGGCGUGCUCUACCUGCCAUGUGUACGUGAGUGAGGACCACCUGGACCUUCUGCCUCCUCCUGAGGAGAGGGAAGACGACAUGCUGGACAUGGCCCCCCUCCUCCAAGAGAACUCCCGGCUGGGCUGCCAGAUCGUGCUGACACCAGAGCUGGAAGGGGCCGAAUUCACUCUGCCCAAGAUCACCAGGAACUUCUACGUGGACGGCCACAUCCCCAAGCCCCACUGACACACGGGCAGCUGGACCGUUCCCAGACACUCAUGGCCCCAGGGCCAGGACUGGAGGAAUAGUCGAGUUGCCCGCCCAGCCCAGAGCACGGACAGGCCCGAGAGAGGUGGCGGAAGCACCCAGAAAGCCAAAACCCCUACUUCAGAGAGAUCCGGUGUCCAGGCUCUGGUGGGGACGGGGCCCCUGCUGGGGCAACCUCCCCUAGACCCCUUGAGGAUGGAGGUGUGGAUAGGGGUGGAAUCCAAUUGGAGAGACAAUAAAACUGUCUCACAGA